CGGAAGGGUUCUAACCCAAGGAUCGCCUCAGAGCCUAUCGCAUUUCAGUCACUUCCGAGGUGGAUCGGAAGUUGCUUUGUUUUGCUUCAAGAUGGCUGCGGGGAUGUAUUUGGAACAUUACCUGGACAGUAUCGAAAACCUCCCCUUUGAGUUGCAGAGAAACUUUCAGCUCAUGAGGGACCUAGACCAAAGAACAGAGGACCUGAAGGCUGAAAUUGACAAGUUGGCCACUGAGUAUAUGAGUAGCGCCCGCAGCCUGAGCUCCGAGGAAAAAUUGGCCCUUCUCAAACAGAUCCAGGAAGCCUAUGGCAAGUGCAAGGAAUUUGGUGACGACAAGGUGCAGCUUGCCAUGCAGACCUAUGAGAUGGUGGACAAACACAUACGGCGGCUAGACACAGACCUGGCCCGUUUUGAAGCUGAUCUGAAGGAGAAACAGAUUGAGUCAAGUGACUAUGACAGCUCCUCCAGCAAAGGCAAAAAGAAAGGUCGGACUCAAAAGGAGAAAAAAGCUGCCCGUGCUCGUUCCAAAGGGAAAAACUCAGAUGAAGAAGCCCCCAAGGCUGCCCAGAAGAAGUUAAAGCUUGUGCGCACAAGUCCUGAGUAUGGGAUGCCCUCAGUGACCUUUGGCAGUGUCCACCCCUCUGAUGUGUUGGAUAUGCCUGUGGAUCCCAAUGAACCCACCUACUGCCUUUGUCACCAGGUUUCCUAUGGAGAAAUGAUUGGUUGUGACAACCCUGAUUGUUCUAUUGAGUGGUUCCACUUUGCCUGUGUGGGACUGACAACCAAGCCUCGGGGGAAAUGGUUUUGCCCACGCUGCUCCCAAGAACGGAAGAAGAAAUAGAUAAGGCCUUGGAUUCCAACACAGUUUCUUCCAUGUCCCUUGACCAGGGCUAGUGGGGAGAGGAAUGCCUGUGCUGGGGCCAGGGGGUUCAGGGAGAAGUGGAUGGUACAGUAUUGUCAUCCCUUCUCUACCCCUACCCCUCACUCCUGGUGCUGAGGCUGCAUCCAAACCCUGGUAGGGAGGGGUGCUGCAGCCACUAA